GAAGAGUGUGCGUCCAUCACCAGUUGGUAACAUCUCCAACAAAGCCUUCAAACCGCCCACUGGAACCAUGGGGAAGAUCAUCUUCUACGAGGACAGGAACUUCGGAGGCCGUUCCUAUGAGUGCAGCAGCGACUGCACCGACAUGUCACCCUACCUGAACCGCUGCUACUCGUGCAGGGUCGAGAGUGGCUGCUGGAUGGUCUACGAUCAGAACAACUACAUGGGGAACCAGUAUUUCCUCAGGAGGGGCGAGUACGCCGACUACAUGAACAUGUGGGGAUGGGGCACGAACAACUGGAUCAGAUCUUGCCGCAUGGUCCCCAUGUACCGCGGCGCCUACAGGAUGAGGAUGUACGAGAGGGAGAACUUCAUGGGCCAGAUGAUGGACGUGACUGACGACUGCGACUCCAUCAUGGAUCGCUACCACUGGUCCAGCGGCUGCAUGUCGUGCCACGUGAUGGACGGCCACUGGCUCAUGUACGAGUAUCCUCACUACAAGGGAAGGAUGUGGUACUUCAGGCCCGGCGAGUACCGGAGCUUCAGGGAGAUGAUGGGAAGCAGUGGCAUGAGGUUCAUGAGCAUGAGGCGCAUCAUGGAUUCCUGGUAUUAAAAGAACAUGUGAAAAUGUGCAACUUUUAAAUAAAGAUUUAGCAGGAAAAAAAAAAAAAAAUACCGAGUUGGGUUUUUU